AUGACUGCUGCUGAGAAGGAUGCAUUGGUCAUGCUCCUGUUGGAUCCUGGCACGGUUGCAGUCCCCAGAUCGCCGUUGAGCUACGCGGACGAACUUUUGGCUCCAAAGUCGCCGAAUGGGGCCAACAGCAAACAAGUAAUUAAAGGCGGCAGAAUUACCCACACUUGGGUCGAUGACCACUAUCCCCACGUCCAAGAAGGCUCGCCGCAGUGGAACAUGCUGUUGCAAGCGAUUUGCAACUCCACCACGCCACGCGUGGCUUGUGCCACUGGACUCACCUCCCAUGACCGCAUGUACCCCGCGCCUAUGGGUGUCGCUGCCGCCGUCCUCGUCGUAGCUUUGAUCGCGUGUGUCGGACUGCGCCGGCAUCCGAUUUUGGGACGAUUUUACCCCACAAAUGUGGUGGUCGUGGCCAGCUUGGGGCUUCUGGCCGUGGUAGUCUAUCAAGGCAUUGUCGUUGAUGUUUCUCUGUGA